UGAGACAGCCCUGUCGGUUUAAACCGGGAGGACACCCAUACUGACUUCUCAAUGCAAAAAAUAAAAGGGUAGCUAGAAGCAGGGGCGAGGGGAACGGAGGUAAAGCAAACGCUCUCGGUCGGUCUCUCUCUCGUUUUUAUUACAUGAAUGAAUUGAGUUGUAAGGGACACAUACAAGGAAACACGCCGCCUCCGCCUGGACGACCAAACGCGUUUGAUAUUUGACUUGUGUUCAAUGGUACGUGUUUGCAUCUAUACAUUUUCGGCGAAAACCAGAGUAGGACGUCUUAUCCCGUCGUUUGAAACACUUCUGAAGGCGUAGCAGGUGAAAGUCCUCGCGGUGAACAUGGCAACUUUAACUAACGGACAGGUGGACGCCGCGGUGCACGGAGGAGCGGCCAGUACGAACGGGCUCGUGAACGGAAUAAGCCACACGCACAGUCCCGCGAGCUGCGCCACCAUUCCCAUGAAGGACCACGAUGCCAUCAAACUGUUCAUCGGACAGAUACCUCGCAACCUGGACGAGAAGGACCUCCGGCCGCUCUUCGAGGAAUUUGGCAAGAUCUACGAGCUCACCGUGCUGAAAGACCGCUUCACUGGCAUGCACAAAGGCUGUGCCUUCCUCACAUACUGUGCAAGAGAAUCAGCGCUAAAAGCUCAGACCGCGCUUCACGAGCAGAAGACGCUACCUGGGAUGAACAGGCCAAUCCAGGUGAAGCCAGCUGACAGUGAGAGCAGGGGAGAAGACAGAAAACUUUUCGUUGGCAUGCUGAAUAAGCAGCAAUGUGAGGACGACGUGCGGCGCCUUUUUGAGUCCUUCGGGAGCAUUGAGGAGUGCACCAUCCUCAGAGGUCCUGAUGGAAACAGCAAAGGUUGUGCGUUUGUGAAGUAUUCCACUCAUGCAGAAGCUCAGGCCGCUAUUAGUGCUUUACACGGCAGCCAAACCAUGCCUGGCGCUUCUUCCAGCCUGGUGGUGAAGUUUGCAGACACAGAUAAGGAACGGACCAUUCGACGCAUGCAGCAGAUGGCCGGUCAGAUGGGCAUCUUCAAUCCGAUGGCCCUGCAGUUUGGAGCGUACGGUGCCUAUGCACAGGUUCAGCAGCAGGCAGCGCUGAUGGCAUCAGUGGGUCAGGGAGGAUAUCUCAGCCCUAUGGCAGCUUUUGCUGCCGCACAGAUGCAACACAUGGCCACCAUCAACGGCCUCCCAGGGGCUCCCAUGACCCCAACAUCAGGUGGAAGCACACCCCCUGGCAUCACGGCUCCCACGGUGACCAGCAUUCCAUCUCCAAUUAGUGUCAACGGUUUCACAGGGCUGCCUCCUCCUCAGGCCAAUGGCCAGGCCCCAGCGGAGGCCAUGUUUACCAAUGGAAUCCAUCCUUACCCAGUUUUGCAGGAAGUGGUGUUUAGGGAAGACUCGGAGAAGGGCGGCCUGGGCGUGGCACAGAGAAGUUGUUUUGGGGUUCAGGGAAGCUGCUUCCUGUCGUCUCUCUCAGAAGCUCAGAGUCCCACUGCAGCAGACCCCCUACAGCAGGCCUAUGCCGGAGUCCAACAAUAUGCAGCAGCCUUCCCCGCUGCAUAUGGACAGAUCAGCCAGGCCUUUCCCCAGCCGCCUCCCAUCAUCCCUCAGCAACAGAGAGAAGGGCCGGAGGGCUGUAACCUGUUUAUUUAUCACCUCCCUCAGGAGUUUGGGGACGGCGAGCUGAUGCAGAUGUUCCUGCCUUUCGGUAAUGUCAUCUCCUCCAAAGUGUUUGUGGAUCGGGCGACAAACCAAAGUAAAUGCUUUGGAUUUGUGAGCUUUGAUAACCCAGGCAGCGCUCAGGCCGCCAUCCAGUCCAUGAACGGCUUUCAGAUUGGCAUGAAGAGACUCAAAGUGCAGCUGAAGAGGCCAAAGGAUGCCAACCGCCCAUAUUAGCCCCGUCCCUCCCCCCAGCCACCCCUGACCCUGGGGGUGAAGGCCGCCGCUGCGCACAGGGAACGAUAGGUUUUGUAGAGCUGGAACACAUGUUGAUAACAUGCCAAAUGUAUUUGAAAACACAACAGACCAAGAUCAUCGGGGCUGGGGAUACAGUAGAACUGAAGCGGGACAUGUGGAGGACGUAGCCGCGUGAUAUACCACCACCACCACCACCAGGCUCAAUGGACCUUUCUGGACUUCAGUGUUUAACUCAGGGGAGCCACGGUGUUACUGGACCAUACCGUACUCCCUUCUCCGAACCCCCGAGCCCUUAUUUUACAGGACCACAGGACACACUACUGAAGACCAACACAAAAAAUAUAUAUAUUUAAAAAGAAAAAGAAAAAGAAAAACAAUCCAAGCCCUCAAAAGGCUUUGAAUCUAUGAAUAAGUAGUAUGGAAAAAACACUUUUUAAAACGAAGAUAGACUUUUAGAUGGGAAUCAUGUAAUAUUGAACAUCUUUGGGAAAACUUUUUAAAGAGCUGUUUUAGAAACCAACAAAAUGGAUAAAAAAAGAACAAAAACUUGAAAGACAGAACUUUUUGGAGGGCAAGAACUUGCUUCAAUUCGGGAUGGCCAACUUUUUUCUUGGAGUGCCUGUCCGUUUCCAGGGGCAAUGGCUGCCACAAACCGCAGCCUCCGUCCGCUGGGAGACUUACCUGUCAUUCCUUAGUUGUGUAGGGACCAAAUGACCAAACCUUUUUAUCACAAAUGAAACAGAAAAAAAAGAAGAAGAAAAAAGACUCGUACAUGUAACAUAAUUGGACCACUGCAUCUCUUGCUGUGCCAAUCGGUUUAAGAGUUGUAUAAAAAAAAAUUUAAAAAAAGCAAAAAAAAAAAAAAAAAAAAGAAGAAGAGGACACAGUAUAUGUAUAAAAAGACCAUAUAUGACUAUAUGCAUAAAUGCAUACAUAUAGAUUGCUGAUAUGCUUUUGAAUACUGGCAGAACUAUUUCCGAUGGCCCGUUGAGGCCGCUCACUUCGCUAGUUUACAAUUACUGCUCAAAAUGAAGAAUAUUUAUUUUUAUUUCUCUUCUAGUUUUUCUCUGUGGUGAGAGAAAGGGUGCAUGGGAAGGGUUGUUCCAUAAUGCAGCCUUACCUUUUCUAAAUAUGUCCUGACCUUGUAGUUAAGAGACCAUCUUAAAGAGGUUUGAGAUAAACAAUCCUGUUUAUAUAUACCGUACAUACAAUAUGUGUAUAGCAGACGUUCAAGCAAUAUGUAUUCAUAUUUAUGCACCUGUACAGCAUAUAUAUGGAUACAUACGAUAUUAAUCCCAAAACUCAUAUAUGUAUUUAUAUGCAUAUAUUUUCUAUGUGUGUAUAGAAACCGGCUAUUCAAUAUGUAGAGCUGUAAUUUUUUUUUUUUUUUAGAUUUAAGCUGGAGUUCGAAACCACCUGUCUGCUUUGGACUUUUACCACUGGGAAUAAUCUCAAAUCGGCAGCUGCAAUCUGCAGGCAUUCCUCUCGAUCCGAUAUCCGAUAUCCGAUAUUCCUUAUCCGCCAACAAACACACACACAAGGGUAGGAAAACGAAUUCCGUUUGUGUAUAUAUGUGUAUAUACUACUUACAAAUGCAAAAAGGCCUCCUCUCGUAAGAGAGUUUAAAGAGAAUCAGGAUCAUUAUGAAAUAGAACAGAAUGCGGACAUAUCUGCCUCCCGCCUCUGCAAACAUUCGCAAACAAACAACGUUUUCAUUCGAUCCGAGCGCUGGCUUUAAAAACGAACGCCUGGCGGUUUUUCUAACCUCGAUCGCCUUGUUCGCGCAUGCGCCGUCAAAUCGUCAGCAGUGCGUCCGUGCACCUGGCAGCACUGUGCUACGACACCGCUAGCAGCCAUUCAUUAUUAUUAUGAUGUCAAAACAACAGAAACACUCUUCUUCUUUACAAAUAAAAAAUAAAUAAAAAGAAACAAAAAUAAAAGUACUAUAGCUACAGCUAACAGCUAAGCCUUCAAAUAUCUGUUGACAAACAUGACAAACCUGUGCAGCUUGCCACCGCCAUUUACCGAUUUACACCCACUCGACGUUUUGCUUACGGUUACAAUGAAGUGGGCAUUAUGUACGUUUUGCACAAUUGUCAGAAUCCGCAUCACAUUGCGUGUUUACAUGUGCUGCUUCAGCGUUCAGACUGAUUCGAGAGGAGUUUUCCCGCGCGCGGGUGUUGAGGAUGGAACGCCAGUAUUUGAAAUUCUUGUCGCAGAUUAAGGACUUUAGCGAUUUUUAAUUAUGGUUUGCAACUGACAUAUUAUAAAAGAUGGCACUAUUGUAAAUAUAUGAUAAUUCCAGAGCUUGUUAAUUGGCUUUACCAAGGAGUAAAGCGUCUGUACAGUGGGGUGGGGGGAGCAGUAGUUAGUUCACCUCAUUUCGAAAGGGAAUUCAGUUCUGAAUCGACGCGUCUUCAGAAGGGUUCCGAGAAUGUUGUAUUUUGCCUUCUAGAUCUUUCCGACACAUGAUCAUUCAGGUAUUCAAGGAUCUUUUGCAAGGAUAUGCAUUCAGUCUGUUGGAUUUCAGUAUCACCUGUCUUUCUCUCCCUUUCGGUCUUUUUCAUCAUCUUCCUUCCUGUUUCAGCUGCAACUGUUUACAUAGCAAACUGGAAAUGUAGAGUUGACAAAACCGACAAGACAGAACAGACAUUUUAUUAUAAAUAUAUACAAGUAUAUACAUGAUCUACUGAAUAUACUGUAAAUGUCUCUAUCUCUCUCUCUUUUGCUCUGUUCCUCUGUAUAUAAGUUUGCAUAUUUUAUAGUCUUUUACUUCUAUCUAGGAGUAGGCCUACUGGAUGACUAAGAAAAUUUAAAGACAAAAAAAUGAAACACUGAAGUAAAGCAGGUAAACUCUAGUCUUUAGAGAUGCAGUAUGGUUGUAAGGUAUUUAAUUGUGGAACAUAAGAAGAGCCAGAUUUGAUCCGAACAUUGUUACUUUCAAAACUGUUUAGUAAAUUGCCUAUUUAUGUAUUAACUUGUUAAUUUUUCAAAUGUCAUUUGUUAAAUUAUUUUUUUCAGUUUAAAAUGCUAAUAUAUGUACUUUUAUCAUUUCAACGGUUGUAAUUUUUAUGUUGUUUAAUGUAACAGCACCGAAUAUCAUUUUGUCAUUUCAAUUAUGCUUUUUUAAAAAUAUAUUUUUGACAUGUUUUUGUAUUGUGAGACACAAUGGAACAAUGCAACUGGCAGAAUCAGGGUAAUCCUUUAUGGAGAAUGUAGAACUCUUGAAGGACUGGUGUCAAAAGUUUUUGCUGCACCUCUUAGAACUGUCUGCUGUUUUCUUCUGUUCUGCGAUUCCAUGCAUCUGUCAGAACUCCGAUUUGCUUCACUGCUUUUUCAAACGCUGAAAAAAAAAAAAAGGAAGAAAAACUGCACUAAUCCAUCAGACUCUCAGCAACUCUGGUUUUAUAGCCAUUCUUCAUUAGCACUAACGGUCUUCAACUCAUGAGGAAAAGUCCGAACUUACAGAAACAAUGCAGUAAAAUGGGGUAAAAAAAAAAAGAUUUUCAGACAUUUUGAGCACAGUUGAGCGUGCUGGGUGGUAUCUGUGGAUUUUUGCCAAGCCUAUCACAAUGAGAUUGAGCUGUAUUAGCAGUCGGAGUGCUGCCGCAGCUUCUGCCCUGUUCUCAACUCCACGUUUCUCUGGUCCCUGGACUCUCUUUUGUAAUUUUACUGAAUGACGCGUUUCCGCUUAAGCCCAGUAAUAAAGCACAGUGUAGAAUAAAGCAGCAUAAUGCUU